GGUGACAUCACACAUUGGAGGUUAGGGCACUGUCAUGGCCUCGACUUCCUGCGGACCCGUCCGUGCCGCUCUCGCCCGGACGUUCGGCUUCCAGACAUUCCGCUCUGAGCGACAAGAGAGCGCAACGAGAGCCGUGCUGAGAGGUGAUAAGGAUGUCUUUAUCUGCAUGCCAACAGGAGCAGGGAAAUCUCUCUGUUACCAGUUACCGGCUGUACUUGCUGCGGGUGUUACCAUUGUGAUCUCGCCGCUGAUUGCUCUUAUUCAAGACCAGAUUGAGCACAUGAAUGUACUGAAGAUUAGAGCAUGCUCCUUUAAUUCCAAACUGUCCCUUGAGGAGCGAAAAAUGGUCCUUUCUGACUUGAAUUCUGCAAGACCCGACAUCAAACUGCUCUACAUCACCCCUGAGAUGGCAGCUUCCAACACCAUGCAUUCCAUCAUUGACUCCCUGCUGGCCCGACAUCUCCUUUCGUACCUGGUCAUCGAUGAGGCUCAUUGUGUGUCACAGUGGGGGCAUGACUUUCGACCCGAUUACCUCAAACUGGGGUCUUUACGCAGUAAGGCUCCUGGUAUUCCCUGCGUGGCUUUGACUGCUACAGCCCCUCAGAAGGUGCAAGAUGACAUUGUAGCUGCUCUUCAGCUGAACCAGCCCAUUGCAGUCUUCAAGAGUCCUUGCUUCAGAGCUAAUCUAUUCUAUGAUAUUGUCUUCAAAGACAUUUUGAAUGAACCCUACAUCAAUCUGAAGGCAUUCUGUGAAAAGACUCUGGGACAGAAGGACUCAGCAGGGCAAUUUGAUGGCUGUGGCAUAGUAUACUGUCGGACCAGGGAUGGGUGUCAAGAAGUGGCAGAGGAACUAACACGCAGGGGGUUGGAAGCCAAGGCUUACCAUGCAGGGCUUAAGAAUUCAGAACGCACUGUGGUGCAGGAGGAGUGGAUGGAAGGCAAAGUACCUGUGAUCGUGGCAACCAUCAGCUUUGGGAUGGGUGUGGACAAGGCUAAUGUCAGAUUUGUUGCCCAUUGGAAUCUUGCAAAAUCAAUGUCUGCUUAUUACCAAGAAUCUGGGCGAGCAGGGAGAGAUGGGAAACCCUCAUUUUGCCGUAUUUAUUACUCAAGGAUAGAUCGGGAGAACAUCAGUUUCCUGAUCAAGAAAGAGAUUGCUCAGAAGCAGAGCAAGAGAGGAUCCGUGAAGAGUUUUGACAAAUCCUCCCUGGUGGGCUUUGAGACUCUGGUUUCCUUCUGUGAGCAGCCAGGGUGUCGACAUGCAGCCAUUGCCAAGUAUUUUGGAGAUGAGGUCCCAGCCUGUAAUCGAGCCUGUGAUUACUGCAAGAACCCAGAGAUUGUGAUGAGACAGUUGGAUUCUCUUCAGAGAUUCGAAAUCAGCAAAGCUCAGACAUCUGUUAAAAUGCCAACAUCCCAGGGGCCUUUUGGGUACAUCCAUGAUCUGUAUGAAGGAGGAAGAAAGGGCUAUGGCUUUGAAAGAUAUGGUAAUGAAGAUGAUGAUAAUGAAUCAGAUGGAGAAAAUGAGUCCAGAAAAAAAGAGUGGAAUGCAUUUUUUCAGAAACAGAUGAAACUGCGGAAGAAUGGAGAGUCUGAAAAGGAUAACUUUGUACCACCUGAUCCUGACUGCCCCCUCCGAGAUGCAGCUAAUCGGAAAAUACCCAAGUUGUCUGUCAAGGCACGUGAACACUGUCUCCACAUGCUAGAGGAGGCACUGACCAAGAAUAAACAGCAUGGAAUUACAAAGCCAGAGUGGGCAGACCCUCACUCAUGUGCUGUAGAAAUGGAAUAUGAAGCUUUCAAAAUGAGCAAGAUGGCUAACUUGUACAAAGCACUAAUGCUAAAAAAGGUUGGAGAAAUAAAUAAGUCAAUGCAAAAUAAUCCUUUGCAUUCAAAACUGACAGAAAUGGACACUACAAUAGCAACAACAGAUUGUGAAAAAGAUGGUGAAACAUUUAUUUCCGCAUCACAGCUCUAUUCUUUCAAACGAAAGCGUGUUGGAGUUGGAGGUCAGAGUUCAUCCAGCCCAUUCCGAACCGCAGGAGAGAUGCUGAAGAACUCAGUGCAAGUGAGCAGUGCGCAGAAGAAUAGCACUAGCUCAGAGACCCCAAUACACCAAUCAGAUGGAACCAGAAAGAAAGAAGAUACAAGAUCUCUAGAAGUCACAAAACCCUGUGUACACUAUAAUGAGAGGACAGAUCAGUGCUCCCCUCUCCAGUCCAGUCCCAGCAAGAGGAAACCCACUAAAAAGCAAUUGCUGGCAGAGAGUGCCAAGAAAGAUUCUCAGAAUAUUACCAAAUUCUUUCAGCAGAGCAAAUCUAAAGGGGCAGCAAGGGCUUCAGUCAAAAUCCUUGGUGGGGACUGCAGCACCAUUGUUAAUGAUGCACUGGAAGAAGAGGACAACAAGAAAGCAUACUCUUCCACUUUGGCGUUGUCUGGGGAGCUGGGAGCUCUUCCAGAUCUUGAUAAAGUGACGAAGACUGUAAAUGUGGACAAGGUCCAAAAAUGUGUGACGACCCAUGACAUGGAAGAGAAGACAAGAGUUAGAAACAUAGAGAAAGCUCCUGAUGGGAAAAUACUGGAUCAUGCAAGAAGCCGAGGAUUUGAAAUUGCUCCCUCUGCUCCUGAGAAACGACCAGCAACAGAUGAAGGACGAGGGUCACAGGACUUGAAACGACAACGAAAUAGCAUCAAUUCCUCUAUCUUGUGCCCUCCUGAUGUUAAGGGCAGUCAAAAUAAGAAAAAGGUGACGUUUGACUCCUUGUUUCAGUUAUGUAAAGAUGAGAGAACCACAAUGUCUCCAGUUCCAGUGAAAGGAGGACAACUGAAACAGACAGCAGACAUCGUCGUCAAAUGCCUGACUCCUUAUUACAAGGAGGGAAGGUUUGCUUCUAAGGAUUUGUUCAAAGCCUUUGCUCGACACCUUUCUCAUUUACUGGUUGUUGAAAAGAAUACUAUGAAAAGAAAUGAAACUUACCUUGGAGUGGGAUAGCCAGCAAGUUGGAGGCCCAAACCCAGCAGGACAGCCAGUGGGCUGGACGCCUAGAGUGGGCUGGGACAGCCAACGGAGCUGGAGGCCUGGAGUGGGCUGGGACAGCCAGCGGGACUGGAGUGGACUGGGACAGCCAGCGGGGCUGGAGGCCUGGAGUGGGCUGGGACAGCCAGUGGGGCUGGAGGACCAAGCAGAGCAAGACGGCCAGCAUGCCCGUAGUGGAGCGAGAACGGUUUUUGCACUGGGGACUGGUGCAGGCGGUCAGCAGCUUGUGAACCUGGUCAGACAACGUGUGAAAGCCCCUUGCAUUGAUCUACUGCAGGUCUUUUAUAGAAAUACUGUGUAAUGUUUAUGUUUUUAAAUGUUAUUUCUUAUUUUUCUAACUUGCAAUUUGAAUAAUGUAACUUUUUUCUUUAUUUCUCUAUUCUGUAUCUAAGAUGGCGCCGUGUGGGGUGACUCUAAACUUUUUAUUACUCCGGUACUUCUGUAUUUGAGUACACAUGACAAUAAACUUAAUUC